UUAGUUUAUGACCAAGCAAACUAGUGAACUUACUGUACUCGGUACACGUAAAAUUCGGUAGCUAUGUGGGCUGGAUAAUUUAUAAAAAUCGUGUGAUAAUCCUAAAAAAUGGCAGGAUUUACUGAAAGUGCAUUAGUGAAAAAAUUACUGGACUUGAAUCCUUCCCAGCAGAGUAUUCAGACCUUGUCCUUGUGGCUCAUUCAUCACAGAAAACAUCACCCGACUAUCGUCAAAGUUUGGUAUAAGGAGAUGUGCAAGGCCAAAGACAAUCGUAAGCUGACAUUUAUGUACUUGGCUAACGACGUCAUACAAAAUAGUAAAAAAAAAGGUCCAGAAUUUGGCAAGGAGUUCGAAAAUGUAUUACCUAAAGCUUUUGAGCACAUGAAAAGGUUUGAUGACAAAACGAGGGAGAGACUAGGUAGGCUAUUGCAAAUAUGGGAGGAAAGAGGUGUUUAUGACAAAGUCCAAAUAACUGAAUUCAAAACGGCCUUCGAUUCUGCUGUCGAACCUGUCAAGGAACCAUCUACACCUCCACCCAGAAAAAAGCCAAAAAAUGAUGUAGAAAAGAAAGAAAACAAAGAGAGGAAAAAAUCAGAGACUGAAAUUGAAGUGGAUGGAACCAAAGAGCUGCACGUUACCCUUAGCCCCCGCACACCUGCUGGGGAUCCACCAGAAACUGAGGAACUUAUCAAGGCCUUAUUGGAUUUAGAAAAUACCGCAUCAUCUGAUGCAGGAGUUCGAGAACGUAUCGCAUCUUUACCUCCUGAAGUAUCAGAAGUGUCGCUGCUUGCAAAUUUAGCUGACAGAGCAGCAGCAGAUCAACUUAGUAUUGCCGUGAAUGAAGCAGCUACGCUACUAGCUGACUACAACGGAAGAUUGCAAGCAGAGAUGGAAGACAGGAGAAAGCUCUUGACCAUGCUUAGAGAUUACAUGCUUGCUCAAAAGCAACUUCUUCAACAAGCGCAAACGACAUUAGAGGACUACAAGGAAAAGUUGAAAAAGGUGUGCACCGUGCGGACAGAAGUGAAAUCGCACAUCUCCAAUCUUCCUGAUUUGACGCAAUUACCUGAUGUAACCGGCGGACUAGCGCCCCUGCCUUCGGCGGGUGAUUUAUUCUCAUUAAAUUAAUUCGGAUCUUGAGGAUUUUUUUUUUUUUUAUUCAUCAUAAUGAGUUGACGAGCUACAAUUAAGCCAAAACAUUCAAUUAUUCAUUUUUUAAUGAAAAUAUCAGUGCACGGCAUGUUGACGAAAAAAGACUCACGCAGUAGCUUUUCACAAUGGCUCGCCUUCAAUACAUUUACCUAAGAAACAGAAAAUUACGGGAACUGACUGGGAAACAUUAGAAAAAAUUAAAAAACCAAUCCAAACAACACUUUCCCUACGAUACCUACUGAUUCCUUUACAUUCAGGGUUUCGAUACAAUUUUAUACUAAAUGAUGAAAGUCAGCCAGGAAAUUGUUUAUAUAUAUAGAUGGAUCAAUUAUAAUUAGAAUCCAGUUUUGACUGAAGAUUCAAAUCUAGAGCAUACGAACGGACUAAUAUCUGGCUUGGCUAAUUGGUGGUAGAAAAUUUUUUAAGAAGUCACGUUUGAUUGAAUUUCUGCGAUAUUCGAAUUAGGCAUUAAGUUGAGAGUCAAGCCAGUACUUUAGAUACAUAACAGCAUAUUCUGCUAUAGGUACACAUACUUUUUAAAUUAUUUUAUCAUAAAUCAAUCCGCAGUUCGUCUUUAUGACCCAACGGAAAGUAUGGAAAUAAUUAUUUUUCAACUGGAGUAGGAUUAAAAAAUCUCACAAAUGUCCAGAAAAAAAUGUUGAUUAUUGUUAAUAUAUUGAUUAUAAUCUGC